AUGCCGGAGCUGGGAAAGCACUGGUUGGCUAAGGAUCCGCCCUCGUUGUCGUGUGAAAACGUGUCGAAACGACGACCGAAGGAGAGCUAUCGAUGCCAGUGCGGGCUGACUUACAAGUACACUGGCAGUCUGCGAAGUCAUCAGUCGACCUAUUGCGGCCAAUACAGGAAACGACACGUGUGCCAUCAGUGCGGCAUGCAUACGUUGUCCAUAUUGCAGCUGCCGUACGCGAUGUCCGUGGAUUUUAAACCGUACGCUUCCGCCACGAGCCAGUCCCAGCAUCAAGGGGAUGGAAAAUGUUCAAGGAAGGACGGUGGCGCGACGAACGUUUGUUUCGGUUGCGGGAAAAGGUACAAAUGGCGGGACAGCCUGCUGAGGCACCAGAGGGUCGAGUGCGGCAACAAGGAAAAGAAAUUCUGUUGCGCACUCUGCCCGAAAAAGUUCUACCAUCAGUACAAAUUGAACGAGCACUACCAGGGCCGUCAUAAGUUACCUAAAAUCCGUUGA